CCUUGUUUAGAUAAACUAAUAGUUCCUUUGCAUAUAGGAAAGCUGACGAAAGUGGAAACAAUAUGAAGUUGUUUGCAGUAGUCCUUCUUGCUGUAUCGGCCAUAGCCGAGCCACCAGUUAACAAUAGAUACCUACCUCCUUCUCAAUCAUAUGGAGUACCAGGCUUUGGUGGACAGCGACAGACGGACGCUAUUAUCAGAGGUCGCCCAUCAUCGUCAUACAACGCCCCACGAAGACCUUCUACUGAAUAUGGGCCACCAAGUCAAGCACUCUCCACACAAUAUGGACCACCAUCCCAGGCCAUUUCAAGUCAAUAUGGACCACCAUCCCAGCUCUCAAACCAGUACCUAUCGCCAAGUGCAAGAAUAACUCAGCCCUCAACACAAUAUGGCGCUCCUAACCAAGGUUUUGGUACUGACAUUACGUAUGCUACACCCUCGCAAGAGUAUGGUGCACCCGGUCUUGGAUCACGAGGCAGCAACCGUAUCUCUCAAAACCGAUUUGAUUCAAACUCUGGAUACAACAGUGCUCAAAACAGACAAUAUUUACCUCCUAACCAGAGCGGAUACGGCUCUGAUGAUGGUAGUAACGGCGAGCCAGCCAACUACAGCUUUGAAUACAUGGUGAAAGACGAGCCAUCUGGAAAUGAUUUUGGCCAUCGUGAGUCCAGGCAGGGCGACAGGGCUGAGGGACUGUACUACGUGCUGCUCCCAGAUGGCAGAAAACAGACUGUCGAAUACGAAGCCGACCAAAAUGGAUACAGGCCUAAGAUUUCUUACCAAGACGUUGGUGUAGGCGCUGGAGGCUACAACAGAAAUGCCCAAGGUGGAUACUCCGGUGGUGGUUACCAGUAUUAAAUUGUACACAGACCAGAUAAUAGAUCUCCUUUCACUGAAGACAGAAAUUAUGUAUAUCUAAAAUUUCAUAGUUUCAUUACUAAAUGACACUAAUAACUGUGUAUCUAAAACUUAACAUAUUUGCAAAUUCUAUUAAAUUCAUAAUAUUUUACUAUUAUAGAUCUAAUUAUUAUCUAUACUUAUACCACCAAUUAAUAAAUAAAAGUAAUCGAAUACUGAUGUUAAGUACAAAUUAUAAGUAGAUUUUUACGACAGAGGCUAUGUUAAUGGAUUGUGACUAUUUAUUUAGUUUUAAUUAUGAUAUACUAAACUAAAAAUGUGGAAAUUUAUUGGUGUAAUCUGUGGAAUGAACUUUAUUAUGAUCACAGAGUAGAACAAAUUACAAUUUGCUUUUAUUUAGUCUAUGUAUAUUGUCAUUCGGCCAGUAUUGCCAAAUUAAUGUUAAGGUUUUGUACAGAUAUUUUUU